AUGCAUUGCUCGACAGACGGAGUGGUGCCGAACCGGAGCUUUGAGCGCCGGCCGUCGAGUUCUAUGGCGGGUAGGAGACCCUCGCACUUCUUCAAGAUUAUACUCCCCUCUACCAUGGACGACAAGAAACUGAGGAUCCCUGCAAAGUUUGUAAGGGAAUUUGGGGAUGAACUGUCUGAUGUUGCUACACUCACUGUUCCCAAUAAUGGUCAUUUUUGGCAAGUGGGAUUGGAGAAAGCCAACAAGGAGAUUUGGUUUCAAAAUGGUUGGCAGGAUUUUAUGGAAUCCCAUUCUAUUCUUUACGGCUACUUUUUAGUCUUCAGGUAUGAAGAAAGUUCAAAAUUCCAUGUUCUUGUAUUUGAUAAUACUGCAACUGAGAUUCAGUAUACAUGGAGCAAGAAGCGUAAAUUGGAAGAUAAGGUGGACAUAAUGGAAUCAGAUGAUGCAAAAAGAUCAUCAAGGCGUGACAAGUUGAAAGAAAAUGAAAUGUCUAACUCAGAUGAGUUUUCCGGCGGAAAACAUGAAGAAAACAGAGCCAUGGUGUCCAGAGGAAGAGAGAGAGCAGUCCAAGCAGCCAAAAUGUUGAAGCCUACAAGUCCUUCGUUCAUGUCCAUCUUGCCAUGUCAUAUACGGGAACAACGUCGUUUGUAUGUGCCAGUUAGAUUUGCUAAAAAGCAUCUUAUUGGGCGGCCGUUUGUCUCGCUUCAGACUUGUGAUGGAAAACAAUGGCAUGCCCGGUGCUCUCACUUUUCACGUUCAUCAUAUUAUAUCACGAAUGGAUGGGAAGAGUUUAGAAGGGACAAUAAUUUAGAAGAAGGAGACGUGUGUGUCUUUGAGCUGAUCAAGAUGAAUCCUGUUGUGCUUUACGUCUCGAUAUUUCACGUGUCUGUCUGA